AUGGUGAGCAAAAAAUUUUCAGAUCAGGCAAAUGCAGGGCUUUAUCCAAUUGUUUCAUUGCUUGGGAGAAGUUCUGCAGAAGUCAAACUCCUGAAUCAGGCUUGUCCUCCAGAGGAAGUAAUUCAACAGUGGGAAGAGAAAGGGCAUUUCUGGACUCCAACCUAUUGGAGCAACAUUCUGUGUGAUGACAGAGGCAUCUUAAGUUAUGUCAGAAAUGACCAAACAGACAAGAAUAUUGGUCUCAUGGUGUGUCAGGAAGAGAUAACAAGAGCCCAUAACACUUUUGUAAUUGAAGUCAUUGAGAUGGCCUCUGGGGUUAUAACAAUGGGCAUUGGGCCUGAAGACUAUCCACUGAACCAGCAUCCUGGAUUAGGGGCAGUGUCAAUUGCUUUCCAUGGAGACACAGGAAAGAUUCACAUGGGUGGUGAGGAAUCAACAGUCUCAGACAGUGGCAAAUGUCUUCCAUGGAAAAAUGGAGAUGAGAUCAAAGCAGUGGUCAGACUGACUGGCGAAAGGGUCCUAUUGAAUGAAGAGAUUGAAGUUGACUUCUAUGUGAAUUCAAUUCUGAUUGGCUCUGUUGUGCACAAAAUGACCGGAGGAAAGUUGGGUGUUCGUUUUGUGUUCAUGGUGAGUUUGAAAGGAGCAGGAGUCAAAGCCAGAAUCCAGAAUUAUCGACUACUGUAUCAGGCUCAGCCUCCUUGCCUGGACAUGUUGACCAUGGGCCGUUGUAACUUUCUGAAUAUUUACGAUGACGGCCGACUUCUUUACAGGAAGUUUGACAACCAUGAUGUUUGUGGCCUCUUCUUGUCUAAGACACCAUUCAAUGCUAAGCUGACCUACUUUGAGUUGAAAGUAACCAAUCUCGAUCCAAACCAUAACGCUUGCAUUGGAUUUGCUCACAGAGACUACCCAAUUAAUACAAUAUUGGGACAGAUGCCCGGAUCAUUGGGAUACCAUGCAGUUAGUGGGCAAGUGUACCACAAUGGAUCAGCAGGAGUUAGUGAUCCAGCAGGCAAAGAAGGGAAACAUUCUCCUUGUUUUGGCAUUGGAGACACUGUGGGCUGUGGUUUCAAUGUUAAAAGUGCCCGGUUCAGAGAAGGUGGUUCUCUUGACAAUCAGCAGAUACUGAAGUUUUAUUUUACCAAGAAUGGGAAGAAGGUGCUGAGAGUGGAUUUUGAAUACCUCAGUGAUGGUAUCUAUCCAGGAGCCAACUUUAGCGCUGUGGGAGAUGAGAUGGUGCUUUCCAACUAUUAUCCUGCUUCUGACUGUCAUUUGCUGUUGGAAGAUGAAGCUGUAUGUGUUGCUGAUCAAAAAGAAACUUCAAUGGAAGGCUGCAAAUUCACACUGGUCAGUGUUGGAGAUGGGGCAUUAGACACACAAGAAAAGGUACAAGCUCUGCAGGAAAUGCUGAAAGAAGGAUUUGAGUUUCCCAUGUUGUCAGUGAUUGAUGGACACAUACAAGAAAUGGAAAGCAAACCUGGACUCAUGGAUCUCCAAGCUCAACAGUUGUAUGGACAGUUAUGUUGGCAGAAGGAAUGUAUGGAGAGAUUCUUGUCAAACAAAAACAACAGACUCACUUUCAUGCCAGUUGGAGUGUCUUCAGGGCAGGGUUACAGAGAGCUAGAAGAACACAUAGUGCAAGUCUGUGAACUGGACCUGGCCAGCCACCCUUCAUAUUAUAAUCUGCAUGAGUCUGUUAAUGCUGCCCUUCAAAAGAUAGCUAACUCUUUGACAUCAGAGAAGCUAAUGGCUGCUAAUGAAUUGAUGGAUUUAGUAGGGACUGAGCUUGGACAGAAUGCAAGAACUUUUGAGGCAGCCAUUCAACAUUUACAAUCUAAGGGUCAACUAAUAUCAUUGCCAAUCAAAAGAACAGUUAUAGCCCUAGACAUCCAGUUUGCAGAGACACUAAUACACUUGAUAGAAGCUUCACCAGAUAUUCUGUCAGGGAAAAUUUCUCCUUGCAUUGGAGAAUGGACACACAUUUGGAACAGUGUUGCAGACAUUUACUCUGAUUUUCAGCAAUUUCCCAGCAGCAAGACAGAACUUGUGAACCAUGUUCUUCAAUUUCUGGGAGUGAUGAGGAUUCCACGUCUCAGAGCUAACAGAGAUGAUCCCAUGUUCUGUUACUGCACAUCUAAUACCUUGGGAGAUCUUCCUGUGCAACUGGCAGACUUCCUUGAAGAUGCUACAGAAAAUGUGGUGCUCAUUAGCAGAGAUUAUAGUUUUCUGUACAGUAAUCCAAGCCACAUUUUGUCCAUAAUUGUCUCAAGAUUCCUGCAGUUCUUUCAAGCUUUAGCUGUCUCAGCAAGCUGGAGUGUCUUCCAGAGUGGUGCAGCACAAACUACCAUUUACGUCAGUGGAGGAAAUGGCUUGAAAUUAGAGACAAGAUGUUUCAUGCCCUCACAGUUGAGUGGCCAGAUUGAUGAUGACACUAAGUACCAUGUGGAAGAGUAUGCCUUCAACAUCUUUUGCAUUUUUACUGACCUCAUUGAUCAUCUCAUUGCUAAACUGAAGGCUAAAGUCAUUUACAAGGACCAAGUUCCUCCUAACCUAGUGAACUCUUCUAUUGGCUGCAUCCACCAUUGGGGUUUGUCAGGACAGACCUUCAGGCAGACGGUCUGCACUCUGUGUGGUCAGUGCUGUGACAAAGGACAGAAAUGUCCUUACAAUGGACUCGGAGGACAAUAUCAGCAUCAGUGUGGCUGCAACACCAAUGUCACAGGCUGCAAAGACUGUGGAAUUUGUCAGAAUUGUGCUGAUCAGCUUUGGACUAUUCGUUCCUAUUUGAGACCAAACCUUGAGGUUGCCAGCUACAAUAAGACGAAAACCAAUCCAGUCAUUCCUCUGAAUUCUACAACAUAUGAUGAGUUAGAGUUUACAAAUCUUGGGGCUGUCCAGACUGGCAUUUCAAAAUUGAUGACACUUGAACAGGGUGAUACUAUAAUUGUCAAGCUUGACCCUAUCAAGCGAGAUGCUGAUGUUAUAACAGAAGUCAAGGAGGAAUCUGUUCCAGAAAUCACUCCUGUAUACUUCACAAGCAAGUGUCAGAAUGUAAAAAUCUGGCAUGAAACAGGAAUUGUUGC